CACAAAUUUCCUGUUUCCAAUGAAUUUAUUCAAGUUUCCCAAAUUCAGUCUUUUGAAACCGAAAAAUGCUCCAAAUGAUCUAUCGUGGAAAAUCUUUAAAUAUAUUAGCACAAUUACCUUUCCAGCGGAUUACUCACACCCACAUUUCUUCAGCUCAAAGGCAUCCGCUGGUAGCAUUGGCCGAUCAUCUUACCACGCCGAAGUGGAGAAGGCCGUAAAUGAGCAGAUUGUAGCCGAGUUUAACGCAAUGUACAUGUACUUAUCAAUGGCUAGUUACUUCGGCCGCACCGAUGUUGCUUUACCAGGCUGUUACGGGUUCUUCAUGGAUAUGCAUAUUGAGGAACACGAGCACGGAUUAAUUUUUCUAAAUUAUCAGAACAUGAGGGGUGGGAAAGUAGUUUUGGGUAACAUUCAAUUAGCGCCAGACAAAAUCUGUUGGGAUGGUAUUCGCUCUGCGUUUGCUACGGCUGCUGAAAUGGAAAAAUCGAUCAAAGACAAACUACUUGCAGUGAACUGCGUGGCUGAAAAGCACAGGGAUUACGGUGUAAUCGACUUAAUUACAAGCUAUUUUAUCCCAGCGCAGGAUCGAUCGAUAUGUGAAAUGUCUCGGUUGCUGCAAAGAAUAACUAAAAUGGGAAAAGAGGGUGUUGCAGAAUAUUUAUUCGACAAAGAGGUUCACACGGCGUUUGUACAGAAAGGGCCUAAACCAUACAUACCCGAUUAUCCAAACGCAGAAAAGGACGCUGCUAAUAAAAAAGAUUUGUACAUUUAAUGCUACA